CUGCUCGUGGUUCAGGCGCCAUCCCGAAAACGAGACCAAACGAUCUUACCUCGGAUAUACCUGCUAAUUGCCAUUCUGUUACUCCUGAGCCUGUCUCUGCUUCCAUUAUGAUGAACUUUCCAACUGUGCACAAGGACGUUUUGUCCUUUGCCUUUGAUCACUCGGUUGACUAUGACGAGAGCCAGCCACUCUAUAUUGAUGCAAGAAAUCCAUCGCGCAGUCUGAAUGCCAAUCAGUUACGUCAAUUAGUGCGGGCUCUGAUCGCAGGCCUCAGGCGGUAUAUUAAGCAAGGAGAGUGUGUGCUGGUUCAUCUGGGCAAUAGCGUAGGUAAAACACACAGGCAAGGCCUAGUUCCCAAUGACUGCAUCUGAUAAACAGUCUUUAGUAUGUUCACUCAGCUCUCUUCUUCGGCAUAAUAGGAGCCGGGGGCGUUUACAUGGGUGCCAGCCCCGAUAGCCCACCUCAUGAACUAGCCAAUGUUCUUGAGCUUGGGAGGCCAAGUUUAAUCAUUACGACAAAACAGAUGCUUCAUGCUGUUUUGAGUGUUGCAACCAGCAAAGGCCUCGGUCCGGAGCAAAUCUGCCUGUUCGAAGAAUUGACCAUCACUAGCUUUCUAGAGUCAAACCUCAGGUAUCGUCGUCAAGAUGCUGGAACCAUCACAUUAUACGACCUUCUCGCCUGCGGCGAAGAGGAUUGGAUCAAGUUCGAUGACGAAACCCUGGCCAAAACCACUCCAGCCGCUAUGUAUUGCACCAGCGGCACCAGUGGGCUUCCCAAAGCCGCCAUUAUCUCGCACCAGGCCGUUGUCUCCCAGCAUCUUAACAAGCACUAUGAGGUUCCAUACGCUAUCAGAAGACUGGUCAUUGUUCCAGUAUACCAUCGCUUCGGGGCACUCUGGCACGCAUUUCCCAUCCGUCAAGGAGAACCAGCGUACUUCCUGCAAAAGUUCGAACUGAAUCACUUCCUCGACGCUGUUCACAGCAACAGAAUAACAGACGUAUUUAUUGUACCAGCAAUAGUUCACCUCUCACUUCAGUCCUCUCGGCCCGUGGCAGAGCUCCUUUCGUCUCUGCGUAUGGUAGGCGUCUCAGGCGCGCCCAUCGACACGGGAUCAUUGCAAAAAUUUCAAGGACUGCUACACAAACAAGCUACUGCAGCGCAAAGCUGGGGCAUGACAGAGACCGGCCCGGUAUUUGUAUGCAGGUAUGGAGAGCGCGUCGAUAAAGGAAGUAUCGGAAAACUUGUCGGGAUAAACGAGGCAAGACUCAUCGACGACGAAGGUAUGAUGAUAACCAGUGACAACUGUCCCGGUGAGCUAUACGUACGAGGCACAGGUUUAUUUUCGAACUAUAAGGGACGAGAUGACGGAGUCGACGCAGAUGGAUGGUUUCGAACAGGGGACGUAGCCUACCGACAAAACGAAUACUACUACCUGUUUGACAGAGUCAAGGAAAUUAUCAAAGUACAAGGGAACCAAGUAGCUCCCGCCGAAAUAGAAGCCGUCCUCUCCAAGCACCCAGGAAUAUCCGAUGCCGCUGUCCUCGGGGUCCAGUCCAGUGACAAGAGCACCGAACUGCCCCGAGCAUUUGUGGUGAAAUCACCAGCCUUUAACGCCAAACUGACUGCAGAUGAGGUCUACCAAUUUGCGAAGUCCCAGUUAGCAGGCUACAAGGCUUUAGAUGGAGGCGUGGUGUUUGUCUCUGAUAUUCCUCGGACCGCGAGUGGGAAGAUCCUACGGGCAAAGUUGGCACAGAUGAAUGCUCGACGGGAGAAGAUCGCCCAGGUACUUUCUCGUCGUGUUAAUAAGGUGGUCACUUGAUUUGGGGGCCAGGUAAAUGUGGUGUUGGUCUUUGAAACAUAGCUACCAUGCACACGGUUACGCUUGCGACCCUGAUUGAUUUCUCAACCUGGCUGAUAUGAGUUGUCUGUCACUUACCUUAACAAAUUCGUAUAUCACGCAAUGCUGCUCAUGUCAGCGACUACCUACUACAACCGACGGAUCAUGCACUCAACGCGAGUAAUUCACAUCUAGACCAGGCCAGCAUUAAACCCACCCACCAAAAGGGCUCAACAGCUCUACGAAGACGACAACCAACUAACCUACAAUGAGUAUAAAACAAGUGACCAAAAAAAGUCUUCUUUCGUCUAUUCGGUAUAUGGGUAUCUAUGCAACCAAAAUCCAUCCAAAU